AUGCCGCUCAACCAGCCCCAAGGAUACUCGAACGUGGACAGCCCGUAUGGAAACCCGCAGUACAGUAGCAGCCAGUGGCUCGAGAAGGAGCAGUCCCGCAACCGCCGCUCCAAGUGGAUCGUCAUCGGCUCGCUCGUUGCGGUCCUCGGCCUGGUCGCUAUUGGCGUAGGUGUAGGUGUGACCGUCGCGAAGAACCACAAGUCGACCAACGCGAGCACGAGCUCCUCUUCAAACUCGUCCUCGGUCGUCAACCAGACGGACGCCAACGACCCGAGCACGUUCGAGCUCGACACCCGUCUCAAGAAGUCCUUCUACGGUAUCGCAUACACCCCCGAGGGUUCGCAGCUCCCGGACUGUGGCAACUCACUCGACCAAGUAAUCACGGACAUUCAGCUCCUCUCGCAGCUCACCACUCAAAUCCGUUUGUAUGGUGCUGAUUGCAACCAGUCGGCUCUGGUGCUCGAGGCCAUUGACCGGACAAAGGUCGACAUGGACGUGUGGCUCGGCAACUACCCCAUUCCCACAGAUCCUGCGCCGUACGAGCGCCAGCGUGAUGCAAUCAUUGACGCGCUCAAGACCUACGGCGCGGACCACGUCGCUGGUAUCACGGUCGGAAACGAGUUCAUGCUGAACUACCUGAACGCGAACGGCGGAACGGUGCCGAACAGCGACAUCGGCAACGCGGGCGCGGCGCUGCUCAUCUCGAACAUCACGGACAUGCGCACGCAGGUCGCGGCGCUGAACCUGGCGAAGACGAUCCCGAUCGGGACGGCGGACGCGGGGAGCUACUUCAACAACGAGGUGCUCGAGGCGGUCGACUACGGCAUGUCGAACAUCCACGCGUGGUUCGCGAACGUGUCGAUCGACCAGGCCGCGGGCUGGGUGAACGAGUUCUUCCAGGAGACGAACGUGGACGUCGCGAAUACGCUGUCGAACAAGCCUGAGAUGUUCAUUGCUGAGACUGGUUGGCCGACGGCGUCGAAGGAUGUCGGUAACGAGAGCAACGGCCCGUCAAUUGCGUCCGUAGCCAACCUCCAGACGUUCCUCGACACCUUCGUCUGUCAGGCGAACACCAACGGCACCAAGUACUUCUUCUUUGAGUACUUCGAUGAGACCUGGAAAGACGCCCAGUUCGGCGGUGUUGAGGGUUACUGGGGCCUGUUCAACUCGAACCGCACGCUCAAGGACAUCACGAUACCCUCCUGCUAA